AUGGCUGAGUCACAAAGUGGGGCUGGUAGUUCAGGAAACAAGCGUAGUAAAGGCACCAAUGCUGGAAAGCGUGCAAUGGCAGGAGUGACACAAGAUGCAUCGACUGUACCCCCGUGUGGUGCUUGCAAGUUCUUGAGGAGGAAGUGUAGUGAUGGGUGUAUCUUUGCACCCUACUUUGGGACAGACCAAGGUGCGGCUAGAUUUGCUGCUGUGCACAAGGUUUUUGGUGCCAGCAAUGUGUCCAAACUCUUGUCCAGUAUUUCGACUAACCACCGCCAUGAAGCCGCAGCAACUAUUUCCUAUGAGGCUCAGGCUCGGCUAUCCGAUCCUGUUUAUGGUUGUGUGUCCACUAUUCUUGCUUUGCAGCAACAGGUGGCUGCAAUGCAAGCUGAAGUCUCAAUGAUGCAUUCUCAGCUGAUGAAUCGGAGAUAUGCAUAUGCAAGUGCUCAUCAAACCACACACCACCAGCAGCAGCAUCAGAUACUACAGCAACCAAACUUCAAUGUAUCUGUGCAGCCGGCAUACUCCAACAACUCAUCUGCUUCCACCAACAAUUUCAUGAACAUGAAUAGCUUCAACCCUGGUUUUGACCUCACAAUGGAGACGGCACGUUCGUCACAGAGCUUAGAGCCUUUUCAAAACUCCAGGAUGUCUCAUUAUGAGGAAGAUGAUUAAAAAAGAGAACAUAAUUCAACAAGUUGUCCAUUUUUGUUUCUUUUGUUACAUCUGUAAUCCCGACAACAUUAUUCUCAAGGAUAAUGUUUAUAUAUAAUGGAUAUAAAAUAACUGGAUUAUUAUAAUUUUCAA